AUGAAGCUCCUCCUGUUCCUUGCCGUUUGCCUGGGCUUGUGUUACGCCUCCGAGGGGAAGGUUUAUACUAACUGCGAGUUGUACAGAAUCUUCCAGCAGACUGGGCUGGCCGGAUACCGCGGACAUAGCGCCGCUAACUGGAUUUGCCUCGCCUAUUAUGAAAGCCGUUACAACACUGCAGCUGUGAACAACAACGGGCCGAGCCGUGACUACGGAAUCUUCCAGAUCAACAGCAAAUGGUGGUGCAACGACGGGAAGACUGCCGGCGCUGCAAACGCAUGUGGGAUUAGCUGUCAGAGUCUUCUCAACGACAACAUCUACGAUGACAUUGAAUGCGCCAAGAGAGUGGUGAGAGAUCCCAACGGCAUCUCGGCCUGGGUCGCCUGGAGGGAUCAUUGCAGAGGAAAAAAUCUGAGUUCCUUUACUGCUGGAUGUUAA